UAAGAGGUAAUACAACGCUCGGUGUGGGAAGUAACCUAUAGGCCGGCUUACCGAAAGAAUAAGAGGAACACUCAAUCAUUCAUGGUGCAGCUUUUGUCAGUCUGUGCUUACUGGCUGCGUAGACUACUGGAACAGAUCGGAAAGCCUAGCCUAUUCCUCUAAAUACAUUAUUUACGCAGCAGCGGAUUGCUAGGUAGGCUAAUAUAACCACAAUCACGGAUACUGGUACAGUCCCGCCGGCUGAUUCAUUAACAAAAAUGAAACAAAUAUGUUAUGCUUUACUUUAUUUUUGACAGUCAAAUAGACUGCCAAAACACGCAUUAUUUUUUUGUGACAGGCUGCGAUGUUCCCGGCGGCAUAUAUUAUUAUGAAGAAGCAGGUAUGUGAUGGUGUCCAAUAGCUGUGUCCAGUCCAGAGGGAGCCGGUGUCACGCUACGGCUCCACAGGCACAAGGCGGCCGGCAGCUAGAUUACUGAGGGAUUACACGGACACUCGUUAACUCAAUGCCACAAAACCGAGACUGAGUGGGAGGUCUGGGAACAUCGACCAGGGAGGGACUGAAUGGGCGGCCGGCCAACUGACUGACAGACUGCUAUGGGAAGCGCAGGAUCCUCUACAAUCUCUGUGRAUGUAACUCUCAACUAAUUUCACCAGCGGGAGUUGAGCUGGGAUCGCUCCGCUAGGAUCAGAGACCAGUGGUGAAUGUCUGCCUCUGCCAUCCAGUGCAUCUAUCUGUAGCAGGCACAGAUGGUGGGGUGUUGCUAUGACAACACUUGCCCUGCACCAGGGUGUGGAGUUGUCUCCUGACUUGCUCUACUGUCUCUGAUAUGAGACCUCAUCAUGCAAUAACCAGUGGACACCAGUAGUCAGCUGAGCCAUGGCAAAACAGGACUCCCCACUGUUCCUCCACGGCUUUGACCUGGGGGGACACUUCAUAGACCCCCGGCCUCUGGGCAGCGGGGCCACUGGUCUGGUUCUGUCCGCUGUGGACAAGCGCAGCGGCCAGCGGGUGGCUGUGAAGAAGCUGGUGAUGCGUGACGCGGUCAGCGUGAAGCACGCCCUGCGGGAGGUCAAGAUCACACGGCGCCUGCAGCAUGAGAACGUGGUGCGUGUGCACGAGGUUCUGGGCCCUUACGGCCACCCGCUGCCUCGCGACCCGGCCCAGCUGAGUGCCCUGUACAUYGUCCAGGAGUGCAUGGAGACGGACCUAGCUCAGCUGCUAGAGCAGGGACCACUUCCUGGUGGGCACGCCAUUUUGCUCUUCUACCAGCUACUACGAGGCCUCAAGUUCAUCCACUCAGCCAACGUGCUGCACCGCGACCUCAAACCAGCCAACGUGUUCCUCAACACAGACCAGCUACUGCUCAAGAUCGGAGACUUUGGCCUGGCUCGAAUCGUUGACCCACACUACUCCCAUAAGGGCUACCUGUCAGAAGGCUUGGUGACUAAAUGGUACCGGUCUCCACGCCUGUUGCUCUCACCCAACAACUACACCAAGGCCAUCGAUAUGUGGGCAGCUGGCUGCAUCCUGGCAGAGAUGCUAACAGGCCGCAUGCUCUUUGCAGGAGCCCAUGAGCUGGAGCAGAUGCAGCUGAUCCUGUAUACGGUGCCUGUGUUGAGGGAAGAGGACCAUCACGACCUCCGGCAGGUCAUCCCCUCCUACGUCAGCCACGGUUGGAGGGUCAGGAGGUCCUUCAGAGAACUACUACCUGAAGUAGAUGCAGAUGCCAUAGACUUCCUGGAGCGUAUUCUGACCUUUAACCCCAUGGACCGGCUGACGGCAGAGGCGGCCCUGUCCCAUCCCUUCCUGCAACAGUACUCGUGUCCCCAGGACGAGCCCAUGUCACCCCAGCCCUUCCGCAUAGAGGACGAGCUAGAUGAUAGCCUGGUCACGGAGCCCGGCCACAGCCAGGCCUCUAGGUCUCACUGGGACAGGUGUGUGUCUAGCCUGGUCUCAGAUCUGUUUGUACUGUCAUGUCAACUAGUGACAAGGAAUUAA